AUGGAAGAGCCCAAUUUAUAUGAUUCAGAGGACUCGGAAGACCAACCCAAAAUCGACAUCAGAGAAGGGAUUAGUGUAAGUCCGCUGUUUUCGAUCGGGUUUAGUAAAUACGAAAUCACAUUUGGAUAGCUGCAUUUUUUUAUUUUUUAGGGCGUUUAGUAAAUAGAGCUUGCCUCACAAGUUCAACAAAAUAUGGUCACUGCAAAAGUUUUGAGGGUGAUCUCUGCAGACGUGAUAAAAACGAACCGUUUAUUUUUUAUCGUGCAAUUUCUUGCUUUUUGCACCGCGCAAAUCAAUCUUUUGGGCCCCUCUGACUUUGAGUUUUGCCACAUUUUUUCUUUUUUUCAAUUCGCUGAAAAUGAGUGAAAAAUAAUUUUUUUUUUCUCUUUUGUCAUCUUUAUGAUCUCCAAUUUGCAAAGACUUAUCCAAUUCUAGGUCCUUUCUAAAGCAAAGAUUAAAUUUUUUGGAAUUUGCCAUGUUGAAUAACCGGAACGCCCCAAAAAUUCAAAAUAAUUGCACGACACACUAUGUAUCUUAUCAAAACUGCUACAGCUGACCAUAACGCACACAGAUGACCCGGACCGGGAGCCUUUUGUAAUUGUUGAACAUCAAAGUCUAAAUAUAGAAUCGACCGGGAAGUUGGACAAGACCAAAUUAUAUGUAAGCGACAAGGAAAUCGACGCUGUCAUUUACACCAAAGAAAGGGAUGAACAGACAACGUGAGAGCAGUAGUAGCACUCUAAAACUUUUCCAUUUAUAUAUAGAAACUGUUCCAAGCAAGAAGUGGGGACCCAACAUGAGCAUCAGACCUUGUCCAUGGAACAACUUCAGAGGGUUUUGGCUUCGCAAAAGUUUGAGAGAUUCCUAAACACGAUUGUGCCGAUGUAAGUGGAACAAAUUUGCAAUGUAUACAUGUACUAGAAGCAAGGAAAAAAAUUGAUCUUAUUUUCAGGAUGGAAGAGGAAGUCCGGCAAAAUGUGAUCCUCGAAAAGAUUUUAUGGUAA